UAUACUAAUAACUACUAUAAAGAAAAUAGAUUACGGAAAAAAAAUGAAGUAUCUUAUUACAUUUUGUUUGCUAUUGACUGUAACCGGCAUUUAUAUUGCUAGUGCUGAUCAUAUUCUAAGGCUCAAUAAAGGUGCUCUACUUAGUUCUACACCUGAACCAACUGCUAUGAAAUCGACUACAGAAAGUAAAAAUACUGAGUUCGAUAAAAUCACGGAGAAAACUGAUGAUAUCACUGAAAAAAGUAGCAAUGUAGUCAAUGACAAUAUAACGAAACAGACAGAAGAAGAUAAAAUUACUACUACCACUACUACUACUACGGAAAAUGCUCCUUUCAUUUCGUGGAGUAUUAAUUUCUGAUUAAUUUAUAAUUAUUACUUAUAUAUCCACUAAUUAAAAUGCAAAUAAUUUUGCAUUUUUAUUUUUAGUGAAAUUUAGUAAUUAAAUACUAAUAAUUACCUUAUAUUCAGAAGUGAAUGUGAAUUUGUUGUUCACACUUAAUUUAAGAUUUUAGAAUAAUAAAAAUAAGAAUAAAUGAAU